GCGUCAGUCAUCAUGGAGGGCACACGUACGAAAAUCUGGAGCAGCCGUCAUCGUGCGAUCGGGCUGCUGGGGCUUGCGCUUGGGGUGUUGGCCGUGUUGGGUCAAACGGCAGCCGCGGCUGAUGAGGCUCGAUUCCUCGAAACACACUUUGAUGGAUCGAAUCUAGCCAAUGCCCCGGCCACUGGCCUCACAGAAGACUCGGUCAACGUCUCAGCUUGUUUGCAUGCCCUCGAGAAGCCUGAUAAUUGGUACAGCAUCCUGGCUGGCUCGGGCCUCAUCUUCAAUUCGAUGGGCGACUACGAUGCUUGCACGCGCAAUCAUUCAGUGAUCGUGCAUGGCGAACCCAUCAGCCCCUAUCUCAUGCAGUUUCAGCCCAUGCGCUACUGCGUUUGGGAUGGCUUCGGCCAUGACAUCACCAUGGGCUGGUGCGUGCCCGAGGUCUGCACGCAGGAGACUCUCCAGGCCAUUCUUGACAUGAACGCAUCGGGUCCGCCCGCCCUUCUUGCCAGUGGCCCUGCCUCCACCGUGCGCCAGCGACUGGCCGCCGAGUCUGAGCAUCCCCUCGGCCUCGUGUACUGCGGCAGCCAUGCCCGCACCGUUGUGGACGCAGGCGCCGCCGUAAUGAUGGUCAUCAUCUUCUUGAUCGUGGUCCUCGCCAGCUCCCAGUGCUAUCUUGAGCACCGCACGCUCAGCAACCUCAGUGAGGAAGAACGUGCCUUCUUCUCCAAGGAUGGCGUCUACGAGAACAUCGAGCAGCCCUUGGCCAUCAAUUCGGAUGGAUCCAAGGCCAUUCAAGUCGCCCGUGCGCGCCGACAAGGCCCCUUGGCCUUUGUCCUCAAGUGCUGGAGUUUCCGUAGCAACAUUUCCGAGCUGCUAACUACGAGCCCCAAACGCACCCUGCGUUGCUUGGACGGCUUGCGUGCCAUCUCCAUGUUUAUGAUCAUUUUGGGCCACACCUACAACUUUCAGCUCCCAGGCUUUGUUGGGUUUGCCAACGCCGAGAUUCUGACCCAUGAACUCACCUAUUGGCCCAUGCAAUUUGUGGCCGCCGCAGCUUUUGCAGUGGACACUUUCUUCUUCCUCAGCGGCAUGCUUACCGCCUACGUGCUCGUCAAGAAGAUUGACAAGGGCGCGCGUGCCCCACCAUUCUUUCUCAGCGUCGUCCUGCGCUACCUCCGUCUCACCCCACUCCUGGCCUUUGUCGUUGGCUGCUACGCCACUCUUUACAAAUACAUGGGCAAGGGGCCUCUGUGGUACCGUUUUUUGGAAGAGCUGGACAACUGCAAGGAUAACUGGUGGACUCACCUGGUGUACAUUAACAACUUUGUGCCUACCGACUUUCACAAACAGUGCCUGCCAUGGGCUUGGUACCUGGCUGAUGAUUUUCAGUACUUCAUCCUGGGCAUGCUCAUCAUUUGGCUCUACUCCAAGUCUCGCGUCGCUGCGUACCUGGUCUCGGGGUUGAUGGUUGUCUGCGGUAUUGUUUCCAUUGCCGUCAUCAGCUUCCGCUACAACAUUGAGAUGAACAAUCGUCAGAACAUGAGCCAAAACUACAUUUACGACAAGCCGUACACCCGUGCGACCGCGUACGGCAUUGGUCUGCUGUCUGCUUUUUACAUCUCGCGCCAGAUGGAGCAGCUGAAGGCCAUGAGCAACUGGGUUGGCCACGUCAUCACGUAUGUGUGCGUCGCGCUCAUAUGCGUGGUCGUGUUCCUCCCGGCCAACUUCAAUUACGACAAGACCAACCCAAACUGGACCCCCAACGAACAAUUUGCGUACCUCAGCGUCUCCCGCCCCAUAUUUACUCUGGCCGUGGCCGGUCUAGUUCUGAUGUGCUCCACCGGGCACGGCUCGCUGAUGAACUGGCUCUUGACCUUUCCGUUCUGGGAAGUCUUUGCCAAACUGACGUUUGGCGCUUAUUUGAUUCAUCCCACCCUCAUCCGCGUCGUGUACUACCAACGCGUUCAGCUUUUCUACUAUGAUCACGUUGAGCCCAACAUCUUUUACGUUGCCUUCUUAACGUCCUCCUACUUUUUGGCCGUGGGUCUCUACGUCUUCGUUGAACAACCUGCUGCCAACUUGACAAAGGCCCUUGUGUCCCGGAAGCGGUAA